AUGGCCAACUUGAGGUCGUUCGAAGGAUUGCAAUUGAAUUUGUUCAAGCUUUUCGAGAAGCAGGGUGCCAACCACGCAGACAUCUUCAUUCAGGCCGAAGGACGCGAGAUUCCCGCGCACAAGGCAAUCCUGGCUGCACACUCGGAAUUCUUGUCUGGACUCUUCGCGGAAAAUCCGGGCCAUGAACGUGUGGAGCUGGAGCACAAGUUUUCUGUUGUUUACACACUCGUCCGCUUGCUGUACUUCGGUGGUCUGGCUGCCGAACGGUUGACACCCUUGGAAGGCUUGGAUCUCCUCAGCCUUGCAGAGGAGCUUCAGGUCAAGGCGGUUGACGCAGAAGACGUCCGGCCCAUCAUCGUGAAUGGCCUAGAUGAGUCGAAUUGUGUGGAUGUCCUCAACCACGAAGCGCUUCACAAGUUCCCCGAGUUCGAGGAUGCUGCCUGCAAGUUUACUGGUGAACAUCUGCAGCCGAUGCUGAAAAAUCGAAAAGAGAGCCUGCUCAAGGUUCCAAGGCAUUUGCUGACCGUUGUUCUUCAGUAUGCUUGUCACCACGUCUCGAGCGAUGCAGAAACAGACCUUGUGGUAAAGUAUUGCUUGAACCACACGCAGAUCGAUUCGGCGUGCGACCUUCUGAGGGAAACGAAGACCUGGCAGUGGGGCAGUGGCGACUUUUCCGUGCUUGGCUCGCUCCCUGCUGAGGACUGCUCAGAGGAAGCGAGCCAGGUUUGGCGCAUUGAUGGAGUGCGAGCCGCAAUGGAUGGAACUCCUGCAAAGGUCGUAGCUGGAAAGUUUUUUGAUUGGUGCAUCCGCCUGGACUAUGGCGCUGAGGGAAAGCUGCGCUUGGUGUAUGAAAGCGCGAAGCCGACGGAGGACAAAAGAGCCAUCAACCGUUUUCCUGCUGCGAUGUUCGCGUGGCAAGUCAUGUACAAGGGUCAGAACGUCUUCCAUGAGAAGCCUGUCUUCAUUUGCUUCCCUGAAAAUGUGCCAUUGCAUUGGUCAACGACUUUGCCCAUCACGGCUGCAGAGCUCAGCGACGAUGACUGCCUCGAGAUCACUGUCAUGAUGGCAGAGAAUCCGAUGAUCUCUCUGGUCCUCUACUACUUCAGCGCAGAUUUGAAGACCACAGUGUUCGCAGAGGAUAUCCUGAACCGUUUGCCGCACAUUGAGUACCGCUGCCUUUCAUCGUACUCCCUGGUGAAAACUCACGGCGCGGGCGCGGAGAGCCCGCCAAACUGA